GAUUCUGUGUGUGUUUAAAGUCUUUUAGUUUGACUGAGUCGUUGUUUUUAAGAGGUGUGGCUAUGGUGAUGUCAAUCAUAAUGGCUCCUCCCACUAUGAUCUUCCUCCUCAUGAUUCAUGGCGUUCUUAGUGCUGCUGAUGGUUGGCGUGUGACUUACAGCUCUUCACACAUCUGUGCACUGAAGGACUCAACAGUGACUAUAAACUGCACUUACACAUACCCUACUGGACAUAAGAUCAAGAAAGUGUUCUGGACCAAUGCUGUUCCCAGUAAAGAUUCUCCAGAUCUGUCUAAGGACUCUGAAUACAAACAGAGGAUUCAGUAUCUGGGAGAUAAACAGCACGACUGCAGCGUCAGACUGACUGAUGUGAGACACACAGAUUCACACGAGUACUAUUUCAGAUUCAUCACUAAUAAACCUGAUGGGAAAUGGACCGGUGCUCCUGGAGUGACUCUUGCUGUCACAGAUCUUCAGGUGGAGUCUGAAGGUGAGACAGUGAUGGAGGGACAUUCAGUGACUCUGACAUGUGAAAGCACAUGCAGUCUGACUGACACAUCAACAUUCAUCUGGUUUAGAAACACACACACAUUAAAUGAGAGAAAGAAGAAACUCAUCCUGCCGUCAGUUAGAAGAGAGAAUGCAGGUGACUAUAGCUGUGCUGUACAGGGACACAAACUCACAUCACCUCCUCGACGUCUCCAUGUCUUCUAUCCUCCAAAUAAACCUGUGAUCUCCAUCAGUUCUUCUGGUGUAAUAGUGGAGGGUGAUUCAGUGAAUCUGACCUGCAGCAGUGAAUCAAAUCCACCUGUUCACAUCUACAGCUGGUUUAAAGAGAAUCAAACAUCAUCUGUUGGAUCUGGACAGACGUUCAGCAUCACUAACAUUAACUCCAGUCUCAGUGGAGGGUUUUACUGUGUGGCUCAGAAUGAAGUUGGAUCUCAGAGAUCAGAUGCUGUUUCACUCACUGUUAAAGGAGGAAAUGUCAGAGUUGUGUAUGUGGUUGCUGGGGUCGCGGCUGGAUGUGGAGGUUUAAUCUUCAUUCUCAUCGUUGUGUUUGUCUGGAAGCGCAAACGCAGACCUGAUGACAUCAGACACACGCAGGAUGACAUUUAUUCCACCGUAACAGCGAGAGUCUCAGAGACUGAAUCCAGAGAUACUGAAGAGAUCCAGUACGCUACCGUCCAUCAUCUUAAAGACAUGAAGACAUCAGAAGAGACAGAAGACGUCUAUGAGAAUUCUGCAGUUCAACAGCAUGAUGCGGCUGAGAGAUCUGAUGUUCAAAUGAUGGAGGAUCAGUCUGUGAUUUAUAGUGUGGCUAAGGUGAUGUCAAUCAUAAUGACUCCUCCCCCUCUGAUCUUUCUUCUCAUGAUUCACGGAGUUUAUAGUGCUGAUGAUGAUUGGCGUGUGACUUACAGCUCUUCACACAUCUGUGCACUGAAGGACUCAACAGUGACUAUAAACUGCACUUACACAUACCCUACUGGACAUAACAUCACAGAAGUGUUCUGGACCAAGAUCGACAGUUCUGAUCCUCCAGAUCUGUUUAAGGACUCUGAAUACAAACAGAGGAUUCAGUAUCUGGGAGAUAAACAGCACGACUGCAGCGUCAGACUGACUGAUGUGAGACACACAGAUUCACACGAGUACUAUUUCAGAUUCAUCACUAAUAAAGAUAAAUGGAUCGGUGCUCCUGGAGUGACUCUUACUGUCACAGAACCUCCAGAUCUGUUUAAGGACUCUGAAUACAAACAGAGGAUUCAGUAUCUGGGAGAUAAACAGCACGACUGCAGCGUCAGACUGACUGAUGUGAGACACACAGAUUCACACAAGUACUAUUUCAGAUUCAUCACUGAUCAAGAGAAAUGGACUGGUGCUGCUGGAGUGACUCUUGAUGUCACAGAUAAACCUGUGAUCUCCAUCAGUUCUUCUGGUUUAAUAGUGGAGGGUGAUUCAGUGACUCUGACCUGCAGCAGUGAAUCAAAUCCACCUGUUCACAACUACAGCUGGUUUAAAGAAGAAACAUCUGUAGGAUCUGGAAACAUCUACAUCAUCUCUAACAUCAGAUCUGAUCACAGUGGACAAUACAAGUGCAAGACCAGACAUACAUGUGGAGAGAAAUAUUCAGAUUCUGUGACUUUAAACGUUUUGUAUAAACCUGUGAUCUCCAUCAGUUCUUCUGGUGUAAUAGUGGAGGGUGAUUCAGUGACUCUGACCUGCAGCAGUGAAUCAAAUCCACCUGUUCACAUCUACAGCUGGUUUAAAGAGAAUCAAACAUCAUCUGUUGGAUCAGCAAACAUCUACAGCAUCUCUAACAUCAGAUCUGAUCACAGUGGACAAUACAAGUGCAAGACCAGACAUGCAUGUGGAGAGAAAUAUUCUGAUUCUGUGACUUUAAACGUUUUGUAUCCUCCAAGGAACGUCUCAGCAUCCAUCAGUUCUUCUGGUGUAAUAGUGGAGGGUGAUUCAGUGACUCUGACCUGCAGCAGUGAAUCAAAUCCACCUGUUCACAUCUACAGCUGGUUUAAAGAGAAUCAAACAUCAUCUGUAGGAUCUGGACAGACGUUCAGCAUCAGUAACAUUAAUUCACGUCUCAGUGGAUGGUUUUACUGUGUGGCUCAGAAUAAACAUGGAACUCAGAGAUCAGCGGCUGUUUCACUCACUGUUAAAGGAAAUAUGAUGAUGUUUUAUACAGUCAUUAUAGUGUUGAGUUUUGGAGCUGCAGUUGUCAUUGCGGUGUUUCUUCUUUGGUAA